AUGGUCGCCGAAGAACAGCCCUCCACACACAAGAAGACGCGCAUUAUUUCUGUUGUUGCUGCGACCGCAAUCGCGCUUGCCUGUGGCACAAAUUAUGCCUACUCAGCAUGGGCACCACAGUUCGCCGAUAAGCUUCAACUCUCCGCGACCCAGAGCAAUGUCGUCGGCACGGCUGCCAACUUGGGCAUGUAUGCGUCUGGCAUACCCAUGGGCAUCAUAACGGACCGGAAGAGCCCCAGACUUGCCGCCGUUAUUGGAACGUUUGCGCUCUUUGCAGGCUACUAUCCCAUCAAGCUUGCGUACGAUGGAGGACCAGGCUACAUGAGCGUUGCUCUGAUAUCCUUUUGUUCCUUCUUGAGUGGUGUGGGCAGCUGUGCUGCAUUCCAGGCCGCUCUAAAGACAGCGACGCUCAACUGGCCAACCCAUCGCGGAUCGGCCACCGCUUGCCCAUUGGCAGCUUUUGGCUUGAGCGCCUUUUUCUACACUCUAAUCGCCGGCAUAGCAUUCCCAGGCGAUACAUCCGGACUGCUCAUGAUGCUUUCUCUUGCGACCUCACUAGUCGUUCUAGUAUCGAUACCCUUCCUAAUCGUCGUCGACCACAAAGCUGGCACUGGCUAUGCUGUCCUACCUACCAGCGAACGUGUGCGACGCAAUUCCAACGUCCUCCAUAAGACAAAAUCCAACGGAACCAGGUACAAGUCAUCUGCUCUCCCACAACAGGAAAUCACAGCCGAAGAAGAACAGGAUCGACCAUCAACCGAAACCUCGUCUCUCUUAUCUUCUGGUCCUGGCGACAUCAUCGACGGUGACGACGACGCAGCAAGCAAGAAGUCGACUAAGUCAUGUAUAGAUAUCACUGGGCUGGCACUCUUGAGCAAAUCAGAAUUCUGGCAACUGUGGGUACUUAUGGGUCUGCUGACGGGUGUCGGCUUAAUGACCAUCAACAACAUCGGCCACGAUGUCCAGGCCCUCUGGAAACACUGGGAUGACUCGAUCAAGAACGAUUUCGUCGCUCAUCGACAACUUUGGCAUGUCUCGAUGAUCUCGCUCUGUUCAUUCCUAGGACGUCUAUCUUCUGGAAUCGGUUCCGAUUUCAUCGUCAAGAGACUGCAUCACUCGCGAUUUUGGUGUGCUGCCAUUUCAGCCACCAUUUUUGCUCUGGCUCAGGUCGCUGCCAUACGCGUUGAAGACCCGCAUCAUUUGUGGGCUGUAUCUGGACUCUCCGGCCUCGCAUAUGGUGUCUUGUUUGGCGUUUUCCCGGCGCUUGUCGUCGAUGCUUUCGGCCCCGAUGGCUUCGCUGUCAACUGGGGUUUUAUGACUUUGGCACCCGUCGUGAGCGGCAACGUCUACAAUCUCUUCUAUGGUGCUGUAUAUGACUCUAACUCAGUGGUGGAACCGGAUGGUCAACGCGGAUGUGAGCUGGGGCUCAAGUGUUACCGAACGGCGUACUAUGUUACUCUCACAUCGAGCAUAUUGGGCAUCUUUGCUUGUUUCUGGGGUAUUUACGGCGAGCAUGUAAGGAAGAGGCGUGAGUUGGAAGAGCAUGAUGGACAUAGAGAUGCUUGA